CCUCAGCGAAAGAUUGCCUCCUAACGCGACGGAGGAUCUCUCUCAACCUCUCUCUCUCUCAACCUUUCUCUGUCUUUCGCUCUGGUUCUUCAUUGACCCCAUCUUUAGAGGAAGAAAGAGGGAAAACCAUCACACUUAAAAAUGGGAGAAGACAACAUCAGUGCCAACUCACCUCAGCGAAGGUCGGGUUUGUUAAGAGAUCAAGUGCAGUUGGUAAAGAAGACAGAUAAUGAUCGUUAUGAGAUAGUUCCAAUAGCAGGUCAACUCUCAUUUGAGAAAGGAUUCUUCAUUGUGAUCCGUGCAUGCCAGUUAUUGGCUCAGAAGAACGACGGUCUUGUGCUAGUAGGAGUUGCUGGACCAUCUGGAUCUGGGAAAACUGUUUUCACUGAGAAAGUUCUUAAUUUUAUGCCCAGCAUUGUGGUUAUAUCAAUGGACAAUUAUAAUGAUGCCAGUCGUAUCAUUGAUGGAAACUUUGAUGAUCCACGAUUGAUAGAUUAUGAUACUUUGCUUGAUAACAUCAAUGGUCUCAAGCAAGGCAAGUCUGUUCAAGUACCAGUUUAUGAUUUCAAAUUGAGUUGUCGAACAGGGUACAGGACCAUUGAAGUUCCAACAUCUCGUGUGGUGAUUAUAGAAGGCAUCUAUGCUUUAAGUGAAAAGAUGCGUCCUCUCCUUGAUCUUCAAGUGUCAAUUACAGGUGGUGUGCACUUUGAUCUGGUGAAGAGGGUUCUGCGGGACAUACAACGAGCUGGCCAAGAGCCAGAAGAAAUAAUCCAUCAGAUUUCUGAAACGGUCUAUCCAAUGUACAAAGCUUUUAUCGAGCCCGAUCUUCAAGCUGCUCAUAUAAAAAUAAUCAAUAAGUUCAAUCCUUUCACAGGAUUCCAAAAUCCUACUUAUAUACUGAAGUCACGUAAGACUUUGACAGUGGAACAAGUAAAGGCGGUCAUGCAGCAUGAACAUAAGGAAACCAUGGAAGAGACAUAUGAUAUUUAUCUUCUUCCUCCAGGUGAAGACCCAGAAGCUUGCCAAUCAUACCUGAGGAUGCGAAAUAGGGAUGGAAAAUACAGUCUGAUGUUUGAGGAGUGGGUGACUGAUAGUCCAUUCGUCAUCUCUCCCAGAAUCACUUUUGAAGGAAGUGUACGCCUUCUUGGUGGACUGAUGGCUUUGGGGUACACUAUUGCUGCUAUUCUGAAAAGAAACAGCCAUGUUUUUUCUGAUGAUCGGGUCAUUGUAAAAAUUGAUUGGCUUGAACAACUUAACCGCCAGUACAUUCAAGUGCAAGGAAGAGAACGUCUAAUUGUAAGAGAUGUUGCAAAGCAACUGGACUUAGAAGGCUCUUAUGUUCCACGUACGUAUAUUGAGCAGAUUCAACUGGAAAAGCUUGUGGAUGAAGUUAUGGCCUUACCAGAUGAUUUAAAAACAAAGUUCAGCAUUAACGAGGGUGUACUCUCAAGCCCAAAAGCACUGUUAAGGGUUUCUGCUGAUAUGGUGGCCACGAGGAAAAAUCUCAAAAGCAUAAUGUCCCACUCAUUUUCCACACGUAGAGACAAAAACCUGGCAAACUUAACGAAACUUGCGGUUAGCACUAAACGAUUUGAUGGUCGUGGCACCGACUCAUCUGCACCUGUAUUCGGAAACCAGGAAAUCACUUCUCAGCUUUCAGAACAGAUGUCAACCCUCAAUGAGAGAAUGGAUGAUUUGACAUCGAAAAUAGAGGAACUAAACGCCAAAUUAACCACCAAAAAUGUUUCUGCCUGCCAACAGAACCUUGGUUUACAAGUAGAAGCCUGCAGUGGUUCUCCUUACUUGUCUGCCUCUGGAAAUUGUGGAUUACAUAACUUAUCAUCCACUUCCCAAAUUCUGAAGGAAUCUUCUCUCAUGGAAGAGAUCACUGUGGUUGGGAGAGGCCAGCGUCAAAUCAUGCAUCAGUUAGAUAAUCUCAGUAGCUUCCUCCAUGAAAAUACGAGACCUAAAGCCCAUAAGAAACAAGUUGACAGGAGCCACAGAAGAACUUCUGGCCGUUUUGGGAGACCGUUGAUCAUUUUAUUGAUCGUUGGCGGCAUCAGCGCAAUGCUCUUCAGAAGCCGUCAGAGAGUGAACCUUUAGCAGCUGCCCUUCUCUUUUGGGCUUCCUCCAUAUAUUCAUUCCUUAUGGAACAAUAUCUAACCGUACUUUAUAGCUAUUGAAAAUUCCAUCCCUAUCUUUUUGAGCAUUUCGAAUUAGUUUUGAGGGAAAUUACACUGAAACUAUUAAAAGGAAUAAACAAAAGACUGAGUUAAAUAAAAUGACACAUAUUUUCAAACCAUUCUGCUGGCUACACAGCUGUAAUAAGCUGAAAAUGUAUGAUUACCAAGUCAGCAGAAUGUAUGACUACAAUGUGUUCUUUUUUUUUUUUAUAAAAAAAAAGUUAAACAGAUUAAAGCAAACAAGGGAUGGAUUUGUCUUAAAAAUGCAAAUACGAAAGAUAGCUUCGUCAAUUCUCUACAGGGGAUGAAAAUUGAUAAAGAUUCCUUUUCCUUUAAGCAGAUCUCAAUUUUGUCUUCCUGUUACUUUUUUCUUUUUUGGAAAAUUAUUCAUUUAAUCUGAUAGCAAGGAAGGUAUGUACAGGAUGAUGACAGUGAUGAAAAAAAAUAUAGUCUAUGAGAUGGAAUGUAUAUUCUGGCAAUUACAUCCUAAUAGA